UCUGCUUUCUGCCUUUUUCUUAGGUUCCCAGCCUUUGCGAAGAUCUCUUGUCUUCUGUUGACCAGCCUCUGAAGAUUGCUCGAGACAAGGUGGUGGGCAAAGACUACCUUCUGUGUGAUUACAACCGGGAUGGCGAUUCCUACAGGUCGCCCUGGAGCAACAAAUAUGAUCCGCCGUUGGAAGAUGGCGCCAUGCCUUCGGCUCGCCUGCGCAAGCUUGAGGUGGAGGCCAACAAUGCCUUUGACCAGUACAGAGACUUGUAUUUUGAAGGGGGCGUUUCCUCGGUCUACCUCUGGGAUCUGGAUCAUGGCUUUGCCGGGGUGAUUCUAAUUAAGAAAGCUGGCGACGGAUCAAAGAAGAUCAAAGGCUGCUGGGAUUCCAUCCACGUGGUAGAAGUUCAGGAGAAAUCCAGUGGCCGUACUGCCCACUACAAGCUGACCUCUACAGUGAUGCUGUGGCUGCAGACAAACAAGACUGGCUCCGGCACAAUGAACCUCGGAGGCAGCCUCACCAGACAGAUGGAGAAAGACGAGACGGUGAGCGACUCUUCUCCGCAUAUAGCCAACAUUGGCCGCUUGGUUGAGGACAUGGAGAAUAAAAUCAGAAGUACGCUGAAUGAGAUUUAUUUUGGAAAGACAAAGGACAUUGUCAAUGGGCUGAGGUCUGUGCAGACGUUUGCGGACAAAUCAAAGCAAGAAGCUCUUAAGAACGACCUGGUGGAGGCGUUGAAGAGAAAGCAGCAAAGUUAAAAACCAGUAUCUCCCUUGACGAUGCUAACAAAACAUGCCGUGCACUCAUUAGACCCCCUUUCUUAGGAAUUUUUUUCUCCCGUGCAUCCUUCUCCCUCCCCGUUAUUUUCUUCUACGUCAGAUCAUUUCCUGCGUACAAUACUCUUCUACGCAUAAAAAGCACCUCCGUUCCCCCGCCCCACCCCGAAUAAAGCUGUAUAAACUUUUUUUUGGCCUCUAGCAGCUUAAUUUUCACUGUCUUAUUACCAGAGCCUUGCAAAAGUAUUUCUGUUGAGAAACUUCUAAGACUUUUGCCCUCCUCCCAGCUUCCCCCCCCCCACUUCUUCUGGGCCUUAUGUUUAUCUGCAUAUUUCCACCAAUCACUUUUUUUUUU